AUGGCACACAUUGCUCAGCACUAUCGAUAUGAAAACACUCACGGUGACGAUUUUGACUACCCUGAGCCCAAUUAUCCCUAUCUCUACGCUCCUCGCAGCGACGCCGGCUAUACGACCCCAGCAGUCUCUCACGCGCCACUCCCGCCGGCUAGUGUCGCACCUUCUCAUCAUUCGGGCACAUUUUCUCAGCCCAAGGCGAAACGGCGGGUUCCUGAACGAGCCUACAGCGAUACGUCUCGGUCUUCAGGUGGCGAUUCUUAUAUUACACCCUCUCUAUCCCAAUCCCAAGUAGGAAACCGUAAUCGCACCACGAUUUACAAUCACAACUACGCAAGCCCUCGCUCUCGGGCCACUUCGUUUGUAUCUCGUGAAGACCUUCGCAAUAUUCCCAAUGGGCCACCAAGCCCGCCUGUAGCCCCCUUUACCCCUCGUUCCAAGCCACCGACUUUGGUCCCAUCUUCCUCGGUGCUUUCUCACCAGUGGGUACCCACUAACUAUAGUGGCAGCAGCAUAUCAUCACCGAAGCCAGCAAACCCUCGCCGUCUUCGAGGCGUGCUUAAGAAUCCCCAACCUUCCAACGAUGAUGCCUCGUACACAUCAUCUUCCAGCGCCCCCGAUGUCAUUGAAGGGCCACCACCACCUAUUAUUGUACCAUCUGCCAAUGAGCGCACUUUCUCAAUGGUUCAGCCUAGGAUAGAGUCGGGUCCAUCCUCCGAGCUAGUUAUCCAUCGUCAAUCGAGGGCAAUUUCAACAAGUUCUCCCUCGGUAGCCCCUCAAAAGACCCAAUUUAACGGAAAUAGUAACCAAGUCUCACGCCAUCUUAGCAAGCCUUGGGACGCACGCUCGCCUCCUCGCCUGGACUCAGCAACCCGAAAUACACCGGCCUUUGAUAUACCUGGUGUUCAUAGCAUACAGCUUAUUGUUGCUGGAUUACCUUGGUCUAUACAUGUCCGUGCAGGUGCUUCUCGCUCUCGUUCUUCAAAAUCUCGCUCUCGUUCUCGCUCCGAACAGAUCACGAUUGGUGACGUUAUUGACAGCGUCUAUGCUUCAUUGAACAAGUCGUUGACGCGCACUGAUGUGCGUGCCGCAUCCAAUGAUACCAAAAAGCGAAUUGCACGCGCCGCAGCUGCAGCUGAACGCGAGUCACAACGCGGAGAACAUAGCGCGAGGACCGGCAAGCCUUCCGCAGCUCGUCGAAUCGAUUUCUUGGGCUCGAGGAUAUGGUUCUUGGGGUUAGAAAAGAACGAUGAUUUUGCACGGCGGGAAGGAUACGGACUAAGCGAGGGCGAAUUGCAUAAGGUGUGGGUGAUGCGUUUUAGUUCGACGCCCAAUGGCCGUGCAACGACUGUCCCGGUCUGA